AUGGCGGCAGGUGCUUCCCAGGGGCCCCUGUACUUGGGCUUCGAUCUCUCGACCCAGCAGCUCAAAGCCAUUGUGGUCGCCUCGGACCUCAGCAUCGUCGCCCAGGCCAAGGUCGACUUCGACGCCGACUUUGGCGAAAAGUAUGGCCUCACCAAGGGCGUUCUCGUCAACGACGAAGAGGGCGAGGUCUACGCGCCCGUGGCCUUGUUCCUCGAGGCCAUCGACCUCGUCUUCCAGCGCCUGCACGACCUCAGCAACGGCCCCGGCGUCCUGACGCGCAUCCGCGCCAUCAGCGGCUCCUGCCAGCAGCACGGCAGCGUCUACUGGUCCGAGGGUGCCGCCCAAGAACUGGCCGACCUGCAGGCAGCGGCGGCGACGACGACGACGACGCGUGCCACGACUGCAUCCUCCGCCGCGCCUGCCGACCGCCUGGCCGACCGCCUAGCCGGGUCCUUCUCCCGCCCGUGGGCCCCCAACUGGCAGGACCACAGCACACAGGACGAGUGCGACCAGUUCGACGCGCGCCUCGCCCAGGACGACGCCAAGGCGGACGGUCCCCACCGCCUGGCCGAGGUCACGGGCAGCGCCGCACACCACCGCUUCACGGGCACGCAGAUCAUGCGCAUCCGCCGCAAGUGGCCCGACGUGUACGCCAAGACGGCGCGCAUCUCGCUCGUGUCGUCAUUUGUGGCCUCGGUGCUGCUGGGCCGCCUGGCGCCCAUGGACAUUAGCGACGUGUGCGGCAUGGACCUCUGGGACAUCCCCCACCAGCAGUGGUCGGAGCCGCUGCUGGAGCUGGCGGCCGGCAACGGCGCGCGCGGCGCGGCCGACCUGCGGCGGAAGCUCGGCGAGGUGCGCGUGGACGGUGGCGGCAGCAUGGGCCGCAUCGCGUCGUACUUUGUGCAGCGGUACGGCGUGUCGGCCGACUGCCAGAUUGCCCCGUUCACGGGCGACAACCCGGCGACCAUCCUGGCGCUGCCGCUGCGCCCGCUCGACGCCAUUGUCAGCCUCGGCACGUCGACGACGUUCCUGAUGGUCACGCCGCACUACAAGCCCGACCCCAGCUACCACUUCUUCAACCACCCGACGACGCCCGGCCAGUACAUGUUUAUGCUGUGCUACAAGAACGGCGGCCUGGCGCGCGAAAAGGUGCGCGACCAGCUGCCGCCCGCGCCCGCGGGCGGCGACCCGUGGGCCAACUUCAACAAGGCCGUGUUGGACACGCCUGUGCUGGGGCUGUCGGGUGCUGGUGGCGGCGGCGACAGCAGCAGCGACAAGGCCAAGCUUGGCCUCUACUUUUACAUCAACGAGAUCGUGCCCAACAUCCCUGCGGGCACCUGGCGGUACACGUGCAACCCGGCCGACGGCAGCGACCUCGCGCCGGCGACCGCGGCGCACACGUCGGCGGAGCAGGAUGCACGCCUCAUUGUCGAGUCCCAGGCGCUGUCCAUGCGUCUCCGCUCGCAGCCCCUCGUGCACGACCAGCCCGGUGCGACGGCCGACGCCCCGCGCCUCCCCGCGCAGCCGCGCCGCAUCUACCUUGUCGGCGGUGGCUCGCUCAACCCGGCCAUUGCGCAGGUGCUUGGCGAGGUGCUGGGCGGCGCCGAGGGCGUGUACCGUCUCGACGUGGGCGGCAACGCGUGUGCGCUGGGUGGCGCGUACAAGGCGCUGUGGUCGAUUGAGCGCACGAGCGAGCACGAGACGUUUGACGAGCUGAUUGGCAAGCGCUGGACACCCGAGGGCCAGAUCGAAAAGGUGGACGUGGGCUAUCGGCCCAAGGAGUUUGCGCAGUAUGGCCAUGUUGUGGGCGCGUUUGACAAGAUGGAGCAGACGAUCCUCGGUGAGGAGCAGGCAAAGCGUCACGCCAAGUAA